AUGGUAACCGCAAAGCAGCAGAUGCCAGCUGUAGCUUCAAUGCUGGAGUACUGCAAAUUUACCUGUUUCGGGAAUGGGUUUGCUCACGUCCUUGGGUUUGGGGCGGCAGCAUGGCAGAAGGCUGACUACAUCUUGGGUCCAGUUCACAAGGUAAAGUUACAAGAUCAGCACGAUCGUUAG